AUGGCCAUGUUCACAAUCAUGCCGCUGAUAGUGGUUCAUUUUGAAAAAAUGACAAUAAACGGAGAUCUGUGUAAAAAUCUUCAAUUAUCUUGUUCACUGAAUCUCAAAAACAAGGGUGUUGUAACCGAUGCUGAACACAGAAGAAACGUGAAUGGUGUCAUGAGAAACUGUCGGAAAUGUUUGUCUGCUCUGGAGCAUUUAGACUCUCACGGUGUGGAAUUCUCGUUCAAUACCCAUUCUUUGGGAACGUGUUGCAAUUCGGCGAGCUACUCGAUGUCCCAAUCAAAAUUUAUCGAGACAUGCAAAAUCUUGACAACAGAAAAUAAUUAUGAUGAAUGGGCAGACCCAAAGAAAAUAAAAUGCGACUACUAUCGACUUGUUUGA